UGAGGCGGGUAUAUAUAGGAGGAACCUGGCGGGGUACACUCAGUCUCACCCGGAGCUUCAACAAGAUGAUUAAGACUGUGAUCGUUGUGUUGUCCGUCUUCCUCCUUGUGGCCGCUGCCAUGGCCAGCCCCAUGCCCGACCCUGGCUAUGGUGGCCAUGGUGGAGGAUAUGGUGGAGGACAUGGUGGCGGAUAUGGUGGAGGAUAUGGUGGUUAUGGUGGCCGUGGAGGUGGAUAUGGUGGCUAUGGAGGAUACGGUCAUGGUGGAGGAUACGGCUAUGGUGGCUACGGCGGUGGUUAUGGAUAUGGGCGUUAAAG